UGAGAUGGGCGGGACAUACUCAUAUAACGGACCAAGAAUCCUCCGUCUGUCUGCCGCCGUUAACGGACACGACUGGUCAUAAUGGUGUGAAUUAUUAUCAGAAACGUUAUGAGACACGGUGUGUGCCACACAGGGGAGACGAGAAUGCCGGACACUUAUGUAAAACUACACUGAAUCAGUGAGAUGUCUCUGGCUCAGAGGGUUUUGCUGACCUGGGUCUUCACCCUGGUCUUCCUCAUCAUGCUGGUACUGAAACUGGACGGGAAGGUGCAGUGGAACUGGUUCCUCAUCUUCCUCCCAGUCUGGGUAUUCGACGGCAUCCUCAUCCUCAUGCUCGCCAUCAAGAUGGCAGGCCGCUGCAAACCCGGGUACGACCCGCGCAACGGCUCCCCGGACCUGCGUCUGCGCGCCUGGUAUCUGACAGCCAUGCUGCUCAAGCUGGGCUUCUGCCUGACGCUGUGCGCCAAGCUGGAGAAGCUCGCGGACGUUAAGGUGACGUUUGUGUGCAUACCACUGUGGACCAUGUUGCUGGGGGCGCUGGUGGAGCUGGGACUGAACAUCUUUCCUGAGAGGAGAGAAGCCUGAUAGCGGACGAAGAGUUACACCAAGAAAAAAAAUAGUUGGGGAUAGAUUUGCGGUUGUAUGACCAAGACUGUGCGAAACUGGAGCUGAUCAUGUUUCCAGAGAAGAAAUCAAAUCAUCACUUUAGUUAUUAGUGUUCUUAAGAGUAAGAGACUUUGGGUGAAAUAAAAA